UUAAAGAAGUGCCGUUUGUUUAGUCAUGUGAAAUAAAACCAACGUCCGUCCUAAAACCUUUCGUUUUAUUUAAUGGUUUUAUAUAAUUUAAUUAUACUAUCAUAUUUUUAUAAAGUAUUUGUGCCUUCAGUAAUAUGUUUACGAACUCUGGGUAAACUGACGAUUCAAAACGUCGAUUUUCACUGUUAUGGACCCCCUAAACCAUGCCAAGCAUCUUCAGGAGCCCCUUCCCACAGCGCUGGAUCUCUCCAUGGGAUGCAAGCGGAUCCCAGCAAAGAUGAGCUCAUUGAAGGCCCUGGAUCUUGUAAAGAAAACCAGCUGGAGUGACUGUAACUCAGGGACCAAUGAUGUGGGAGCUUCAGGAACCAGGUUUGAGAGCCACGUUUCCAAACCUUUCAAGCAGGUUCAGUCUGACGUUCCCCAGUUGGCUGCGACCUCGGAGUUCAGUUUUGAAUCAAGGUGUAGUGCCGAGCGUUUACACGGCCCCGGUCCUGUGCAUUUGGUCAAUGGACAGCCCGCGGUGGCUGAAACCCUCUCCCAGUGCCCGACCUCGAACCCACUGUUUACAGAGCAUGGCAGUGCUGGUGCCACUGCAGACGAAUCGUUUACACAUCUGACUGAAUGUCCUCGCAAGGCGCGGAUUGCUGCUUCAGAGAAUACCAAAAUGGACACCGACACACCACUAAGAGCCAAGGACUCCGCUGAGGGAGUGAAGAAUCUGCGGAAUGGCUUGCAUUCACAACUGCCAUGUGCCAAAACUACUUGGCAUGGAAAAUGCACAACUGACACCGUGUCGGCAGGGACGAGAACCAGGGGUCCCGGCGUUCUUCAUGACGGCACGUCUUUCAUUCCUGUAUCACAUUCCACUUGCUCUGUAAGCUUUGAGUCGGAAGCCUUGACUGUAGCAGAGCGUCGCCCAAUGGACCACAAGCACAACGCCGUAGAGACUCUGUCCUCCGAAUGUACUGGCUCUGGCGAGAACUCUCCUUGUACAGUUGAGUGUAUAUCCAGUGAUGACAGUGACGUGAUUGAAGUGCCUGUAAGGAACAGGCGGUCUAGCAACGGUCUCCUCCUAACUGAGAGUGUCGCUGUGAGAAAAGUGAGCCAAAAUAGGGAGGCUCUUUUUUCCCCUAGGCAGGGCACAGAUCAUGCAGGCCGCGCGGCGUGCAGCACCCCCGAGCGCGUGGUGAGAAACGGCUACCACGCCAGUGAACACGUGUUCUGUAACCCUGCAGAGACGGUGGAACCAGGUGAGCUGUUGCCGCCCGCCGUGCUGCUGGACAGCGAUCCCGAAACCGAUGUUGUUUCCAAAAACGUCCCAUCUACCUCAGACAUGAAAAACACAGAACGCAACCUCGGACCACUGCGGGAUGAAGGGUCGUCUGUAUCGCUCAGCCGGCAGGAGGGGGCACCGGCAUCUAAGAAAAAGAACCAGACCAGAGCAGGGCCCAAGCGGGCCAGGCCAGGCAAGAUGACAGGACUGUGCCCGGGCGGCUUGGCAGCAGCGAGCGCGGCCAAGAGGAGAAGGAGGAAAUCUCGGCAGUCUGGAUCGUCGUCCAUGUUUGCCCCCCGGGAGCCGGAAAUCAAGCUUAAAUAUGCCACCUACAAAGAGGAGAAAAGGGAGGGCAGAGGUCACGGCUUCGCCCCCUACGUUCGAGUGGAGCUCUCCGCGUGCACCAUCGUCAACUUCCGGGAGGAGGAUGAUGACGCGCAGGUGAGGAAGGGCCGCCAGGCCACAGUCUCCUGCGUGUCCUCUGGCGUCAUCCCCUCCACCUCCCACUUGGCGCUGGGGAGACCGAGCGUGGGCAGCGGCACCCGAGCCGACCAGGCGUGCUGCCUAUGCGGCAGGACGUCCAACACCUCGGGCCUGGGGGACUUGCAUGGGCCCUACUACCCCUGCGGACCGCAGCCCAACAGCAAGACUCACCUGGCAGAGGGCGGGGCUGACGACAGACCACAGACGCAGUCCCCUCUGAGCGUGGGCGGAGUUUUGGAUGGCAAAGAGAUGAGCCCCACCAAACGGCUCAGGAAACGGUGCACGACAGAGGCGUGGCCGGGAGCCCCAGAGGGGGGUGAGCGAUGGGUACACGAGGACUGCAGUGUGUGGUCCGCAGGGGUCUUUCUGGUCAAAGGCAAGCUGUACGGCCUGGAAGAGGCGCUUAGGCUCACGCAGGACAUUGUGUGUUCGUGUUGUCGCAUGGGCGGAGCAACUCUGGGAUGCUUCUUCAGAGGCUGUCAAAACAAGUACCACUUCCCCUGUGCCGUCCAGGCCGACUGCAUGCUCAGCGAGGAAAACUUCACCGCGAGAUGUCCGAAGCACAAGGAUAAAUCGCCCCGAACCAGUACGAGCAGACUGCAGAACAGAUGACGGCGAAGAGGCAGUAUCCAACCACAGAGGGUGAACUCCGCCAGAUGUCUCCUCGUCUCCUUUUGGCCGUGGUGGGUCCUGAGUGAGCGUUUACAGUGUUUUUCUUUUUGGUGUUGGGCUUGAGAUUUUUGGACAAACUGUGGUCGGUCUGAAGCAGACGAAUGCUCACGGUUACCCAGUGAGGAUCUCUCUGUUGCAGCAUGGCGGUGUCCUUCAUGAGGGCUCUCUCCUGCACGGGUGCUCACGGCACCCACCAUCGCCUCGGACGCGCGCUUUGAACAGGGGAGCGUGUCUGACCGUCUGAGUUCAGCUGUUGUACAAGGCCAAACUCUGCUCACUCGAGAGCCUGAAAUUCAUUCACUUGUGAUUUUUUUUUUCUCCACCCCCC